CCCCUCUGCCUGAGGGUGAUGAGACCAGAGGCCUGGAGUGACCCUGAGACCCAGGAAGGAGCAAGCUCCCCAACAAUGACAACCACCCCAGACGUCUGUCCUCUCCCAUCCCUGGGGCAGGACCUGGAGCAGGAGGAGAUCCUGAUUGUGAAAGUGGAGGAGGACUUCUGGGAAGAGGAGCCCUCCCCACAGACCCCAGAUCCCAGCCCUGAGACCUUCCGUCAGCUUUUCAGGCUCUUCUGUUACCAGGAGGCGGCAGGGCCUCGGGAAGCCCUCAGCCGCCUCUGGGAGCUGUGCUGCCGCUGGCUGCGGCCGGAGCUGCGCACCAAGGAGCAGAUCCUGGAGCUGCUGGUGCUCGAGCAGUUCCUGACGGUGCUGCCAGGGCACAUCCAGGCCCGUGUGCGUGAGCAGCAGCCCGAGAGCGGUGAGGAGGCCGUUGUCCUCGUGGAAGGGCUGCAGCGGGAGGAGCCCGGGAAGCAGAGACAGCGGGGCCCUGAGUUGCCCCCUGGGACAGGGGAAUGGUGCUUGAGACACCAGGCAGAGGCUCAGCCAAAGGUGUUUACCACGGGGGAUGGAGCUGAAAGCUGCAGCCAGCAUCAUGCAGCUCAACCUGAAAAGGGUCCCCUUCUGUGGACUAAGAAGGGCCCAGCAGACUCCCGGAAUCAGGAAACAGUGUCGUGUUCUGUCUCGUCAGCAACAUCCUCCCUUCCAGGCUGGUCUCAGCAGGUUCCAGAGACCCUGGAGGAUGUGGCUGUGUAUCUGCCUGGGGAGGAGCAAGAGCACCUGGACCCAGCUCAGCAUGACCACACCUGGGAUGUGUUGCCGGAGAGUGAAGCGAUGGCCAUGCAGGUGGAGGAUGGCGGUGAUCCUGGGGAGAAGCCCAUGAGGACAGAGUGGUACCGGGUGCUGUCAGCGCAGUGCUGGAGCUCAGCCAUAGCUGAGCAGCGGAGAGACUGUCCCCCACCAGGAAGAGGGGGGUCCCGAGGACCCGACAAGCCGUUCGUUUGCCCUGAGUGUGGCAAAGCCUUUGGGAAAACAUCCCACCUGACCAAGCACCAGCGCACGCACACCGGGGAGCGGCCCUACAAAUGUCUGGUCUGCGGGAAGGGCUUCAGCGACCGCUCCAACUUCAGCACGCACCAGAGGGUGCACACGGGUGAGAAGCCCUACCCGUGCCCUGAGUGUGGAAAGCGCUUCAGCCAGAGCUCUAGCCUGGUUAUCCACCGCAGGACACACACUGGGGAGCGGCCCUAUGUGUGCGGCCAGUGUGGCAAGAGCUUCAACAACAGCUCCCACUUCAGCGCCCACCGCAGGACACACACAGGUGAGAAGCCCUAUACCUGCCCAGCCUGUGGCAGGGGCUUCCGCCGAGGCACUGACCUGCACAAGCACCAGCGGAUUCACUCUAGGGCCAGUUGUCCACCCCAGCUUCAGGAAGCUCUGGGAGCUGAAGCCUGAUACCACCCAGGAGAGGCUCCAUUCCACAAGUUCUCAGCUGCAGCAUUUGUGAAACUGCUGGGCUCCCUUUCCAUCCAUGAGCUGACAGCAUCUUGAGGCUGACUGCCCCUGUUGUGGGCAGGAGGACAUGGCCAGAACACCUGAGGCUGGGAGGGAGCCAGAGGCCAUGCUUCAGGGCUGCAGUCUGGCAGCAGGUAUGCAGGUUGCACGAGCGUCCUGGGGCAGCUGUCCCAGGCAGCACCGAUGAAGGCUUUGCCCAUGGCAGCCUGUUCUAAACUGCAGGCCACGAGUCCAAAGCCAAACAGAGGCCCUGGGAAUGAUCCCUCACCUGCCCACCUGGCUCGUGGUAUGCCUUGGCUUGCAGCCUCACUGCUCCUAACUCUGGCUGUCAUCACAGCCUUCUGCCCGCUGUACUGUGACUCUGCCUUAGUGAGGAUUUAGGGCCCUGAUCCUCUGUGACCUCAUCCUAACUGGUUAUAUCCCCGGAGAUCCCCAUACAGUUAUGUCUCAAGGUUCUGGGAGCACUCGCUCAGCCCCCUCGGGGGACCUCUGCAACUGCCUCUGCAGCUGUGAGGCUCGAGGGCCAAUUCUCCCAGCCCCCCACUGUCCCUCCAGUUCAGAAACAACCUUGCGAAGUGGGGCUUUCCAGGACUGCAGCAGUGUGGUGAGUCUGGGGUUCCUGGGAUCCCAUCUUCCUAACCAGGCCCUCUGGAGUCCUUCCCCAGGGUAUGGCUUCCUUUGGUGGGAUGUCUGGCACCUUCAAGCUACCUUCUGGCUUGUGAGAGGUGUGAGGCUGGCUGACCUGUCUGUAGUCACACCUGGUUAGAGGGGCCAAGGGGAACAGGAUGGAAACCUCUGGUAAAGUUAGUUGUCACUGCAGUCAUAGGCCAGCUGCUUCUAGAUUAUAGAAUAUAUUGUCCAAGCAGUGAGGCCUGGGCCGUUGUAGCAGCCUGUGGUGCUCUGUUGCAUUGUCACCCAGGUGUCACCUGGAGUUCUGUUUGCAUAAUAAACAGUGUCAGUCCUGAUCAGCUGGUCCCUGCACCCUGAAGAGUACAGCCACAUGGUCUCAGCACAGCUUUUCCCUUGCAGAUGGUGCUGGCAGCCCUGGUGGGGCAUGUGGACCUCAGCCACACGUGGCCAAGCCACCCUACCACAAGAGCCCACUGUUGUGGCCCACCAACUUUCCCUGAAACCCACGGCCUGGCUUGUUCCUCUCAGCUCAGAUGGUGUUGCAGAAACUGUCUGUGGAGCAGCCUGGUUGGCUCGUGCCCUCUUCCCUGCCAGACAUGUUCACACC